CCCUCCUCCCUCUGCCGCCCUCUCCCCCCCCCGCCGCCUGAACGGAAAUGAACAUGGCCGAGACGGCCAGGCCUGGCAAUCCGGGCUCGUGGUCGCCCGACGCGCGGCGCCUGCUCGAGUCGUCGACCAUCCGCGUGGUCCCGGCGGCCGGCUCGCCGACGGGCGGCCCGGCCCCCCAUGGCCGGCCCCUCCCCCGGUGGCUGGGCUUCGGCGUGGCGCGGCAGGACCGGCCCACCCGGCCUGGGCCGCCUGGGCAGUCGCUGUCCGAGUGGCUGUGCGCCUUGACGGCCGAGCAGCAGCCCCUGGCCCGGCGCGUGCGCCAGUCGCUGGCCAUCAUCGAGCAUGCCAUGGACCUGUAUGACGGUCCCCUGCCGCUGGCCUGCCAGGCGCGGCUGUCCUCGCAGAAUGGGCCCCCGCCGGGCGAUGGCGCGGGCGAUGGCGACCCGGCCAGCUCGGUUCCCUCCUCGCCGUCCGGGCUGCUGGCGCACUCGGGCACCGGCGGGCCGGCGGGCGCCGGCGGGCAGCGCGGCUUCCUGGCCGGCGCCCGGCCGGUCCCCCGGCCCGGGGCCGAGCUUGCCUCCUGGGUGUUGGCCCGGCUGGCCAGCCCCUCAUCGGUGGCGGUGUCCUUCAAUGGUGGCAAGGAUUGCACCGUCCUGCUGCACCUCUUUGCGGCGGUCUUCCUCCGGCGCUUGCAAUUCCUGGUCUACUUGCUGGACAGCGGCGAGGCGGCCACGGCCUCCGCCGGGACUUGCCUCUGCCGGGCGGCCGGCGACCUCCCGCCGGAUCCCUCACAAAGCAGCCUCUCGCUGGGGGCCACCUGCUCCCUGGUGGCCGGGCUGCCCUCCUGCUUCCAGUACCGCCUGACAUCGGACAUGCUGGGCUCCGGGGCGCUGGCUCGCGAGGUGGACCGGCUGCACGGCUGUGCCCUUGGCGCGAGCGGCCGUCCCGGCCCGGCGGCCGGCCGGCACAGCGGCACCGGCACCCCCGACGGCGCCGGUGCCGAGGAUGGCCCCCCUGCUCAUGGCAGUGGCCUGGCCUAUCGCACGGCAGGCUUCUGCAUCGCCGAUGAGGAGCCGAUCCCCCGGAUCUCGGAAUUCGUCGACCAGUCGAUAGACGGCUACCAUCUGGACUGGACGCUUCUCCGGUCGGACGCCUUCGGCUGCAGCAUGAAGGCCGCCCUGGCGGGGCUCCUGGAGGCCAGCCCGCAUCUGGGUGCCAUUCUGAUGGGCACCCGCAAGACCGAUCCCCAUGGCGAGUAUGUCUCGCCCCUGUCUCCGACGGACCGGGAUUGGCCGCAAUUCAUGCGGGUCAACCCGGUGCUCGAGUGGUCGCAGCCCGACGUGUGGAGCUUCCUCCGUGGCCUGGGCGUCCCCUACUGCUCGCUGUAUGACCUGGGCUACACGUCGAUCGGCUCGCAUGCCAACACCUUCCCCAACCCCUGGCUGGCGGUCUUGCCGGACCUGCCUCUCGACGGUGUGGCCGGCUGGGACGACCCGAGCGCCGGCCGGGCCUUCCGCGUGGUUCGCGAUCUGGCGGCCGUGUGCCGGUGUCGGCCCUCCUUCGAGGCCGAGCUCCGGGCCUUCCUCCCCGGGGCCCCGGCCGAGUGCAUUGCCGCCGAGGAGUGCACUGCCUGCGGGAAGAUCAUUUGCCGAAGCUUCCUCCCGGCCUACUGCCUGCAGGACGACCUGAAGGAGCGCGACGGCCGGUAUCGCAAGUCCCCCGCCGGCUGCUGAUGCGCGCCGGCAUGCUUCGACCGGGUGGCUGUCCGACACGCAGCGCAUGCGCGCAGCGCAUGCACGCACGCCCACGCCCCCUCACAGGGGCAUAC